AUGGGGUCAAUUCAAAUAUUUGGUUUAAAAAAAUCUUUCUAUGGAGAAUCCCUCAAACAAAUCGAGACAUUUUUUUUAAUUAUCUAUCCAUUCACUUUCCAUAUUUCUGUAGUAUCUAUUACAUUCUACAAUUCUUAUACAGAAACAUUUGAUUCCCCAUCUAAUUGGCAUGAAUCAGUAAAAAUUUAUGCUAGAAGUUUGUUAACUAUCAUAUUUUGUAUAGUUUUUUUAAAAUCACUAAAAAUCGUACAUGGUUCUUUUGAACAAGCAUUCCUAAUACCUUCGGAUCUUUCUGAAUGCAAGUACGUCUCUAUCUGCUUUCCAGGGUCUUGCAGGUUUUCCCCAAAUAACUUCUGGUACAAAUUAUUUGGUAAAUACUAUUCUUGUAUUCUGGAAAAAUUUCCAAUUACUCAACUCUGCCACAUUACUGAAAGGAGUGAACCAAUUGAUUUUUUUGGAACAAAAGUAAAUAGAUACUUUGAACACUAUAGGGAAAAGUAUUGGUGGUACAAAGAUGAAUUCGUUUGGUCCAGGGAGAUUCUGUCUAGAAAAGCUACUGAAAAUUUCACUGGAGAAAAUUCUGAAUUUUUGAAAUUAAGUGGCCAAGUUAUUGAAUCAUUUGGAAACCAUGAGAAAGAUAAAAUUUUGGAGCUUGUUGGAAGUAAUAGUUUAGGCUCGUCUCCUAUUUCGUUACUAAAACUAAUAUUUUCUGAGUUUGCUUCACUCAUAAACAUUAUUCGUAUUAUGACAUUACUUGACGCGAUUUUUUAUUCUUUUAUUGUUUGGCCUUUUUGCUGGUCUAUUAUUACAUUCUAUACUAUUUUUUGGUCGAUUCUAAAAUACAGACGUAACUAUAUUGAAACAGAAAAAUUACUUACUCGACAUGAUUGGGAUAUUUUUAGAUAUCUUACAGGACCAUACAAACCAUAUUCAUAUUCAGGAGCUUGUAGCUCUUUUGUUUUUUCAAGAGAAUUAUCUCCCGGCACAGUAAUUUUCAUAGAUAAGGCCAUGCGAAUCCCAGCCGACUUAUUACUACUAAAUGGAAAUGUUAUAGUAGACGAAUCAUGUCUUACCGGUGAGGCGACUCCACAAUGUAAGACUGGCGAAAUUAAAUUAGUUCCCUCUGAAUUUUCUUCAGAUUGUGAAAGACUGUCCAAUUCUAAGCAUCUUUUUGCUGGUAGUCAAGUUUUGGAAAUUUUAUCAACUGGUAUAACAUUAGCUAUGGUAACAAAAACUGGAUCAGCUACAUUAGGUGGAGCAUUUAUUUUAAGUAAUUCCAAUACUCAUCCUGUAUAUGGACUCGAAGAAGGGUGUUCUCUUUCGUUAACAUCAAAAUCUAGAAAUGGUUCUGUUACAAAACCGAUCUCAAUGUUAGGUAGAAACCACAAUCUAAGCAAAAAUAUUUGCAGAAAUUGGAAUUUUUUUCCAGAACCACUCUGGAUUUUAUGUUUGUUAUAUGGGGCCUUUAUUGCUCUAGCCGACUCAUAUAUUCUUUCAUUCGAGAUUGGAUCCAUAUUUUUUAUAGUUUCUACUAUAAUAUACGUCAUACCAUUUUGGUCUACUUCCUCUAUGUCUUUGUACUUUAACAAUGCAAUGGAGUAUCUUAACAGAAAACAUAUCUUUACUACAAACCCUAAAAAAUUAAAUCAUUUACGUCUUGUAGAUACCAUAUGCUUUGACAAGACAGGUACCCUAACUUUACCCACAUUCUCGAUUAAUAAUAUUUAUAUCUACCCAUUCCGAAAUAAUACUAGAGAGUACCUAAUGCAGUUAGCAAUGGCUUCAUGUAAUAAUUUAGUUUUUGAAAAGGCAGUGCCAUUCCAUUUAGUAGGGAGAAACUCGAAUUACCCUUCUGGAUCUAGCCUGGAGAAAUGUUUAUAUAAUUAUUCAGGUUUUUGUGGUUAUAAAGUAUUUACUUCUAACUCUGAAAGACUUUUUAUUAUUCCCAAAUUUAAUAUAAAAACUUUUCUUGAUUCGGUUAUAGAACUUGAAUCUAAUUGCAUACUGGAACAUGAGAAAAACUUUGAUUUUCACCAGCUAAAUUAUGCUUACUCAAGAAACUCACUUGAAUACAUUUCUGCAGUUUGUGAUGCAAUAGAGAUAACAAAACGCUAUCCAUUUGAUGAAACGCUAAGGUGCCAAAGUGUGUCUGUAAAAAAAUACUCCAUUGAGUCAGAAAUUUUUCCAAACCUAUAUUGUAUCCAUUCAAAAUCUAUGGUUCUUAUGAAAGGUGCUGUGGAGAAGAUUGUGGAAUUAACAAAGAACGCCGAGGGCUGUAAUGAUGAAACCAAUUUCGGAGACUGGUCUAAUGAUAUACUAAAAAGCCAAGUUGCAGGUUCUUACAUUCUUGGAUAUUGUUAUAAGGUGGUAAAUGAACAAGUUAGUUCUAAAAAUAAAACCUCUUUCAAUUGCCACUUAAGCUCAUCUUUUAUUCCACUUGGACUAGCACAAAUACACUCUCCUAUAAGGCCAGAAGCAGAAUUUAUUAUUAAAUUGCUAAGAAACGGUAAUUUUCACUGUCCUAUUAUCACAGGAGACAAUGUUAACUCUGCAAUUGUUGUUGCAAAAGAACUUGGUAUUAUUUCCAAUCAUCAUGUUUCCUGUUAUGUUGACUCUGAUCAAAAUUUGGUUUGGGAAAUUGCAAAUUCAAAAAGAGAAAUCAAAUUUUCUUUAAAUAAAAAAAAGAAAAUUAGUUUAUUUGAUAUUGUACCCACAGAAAUUAUUCAGGAUAAGUUUCAAAUUGCGUUGUCAUCAAAUGCUUUUAAAUUGUUUAUUGAAAUCUUAAAUUUGCAAACUAUUGACAAUUGCAAACCUAAAACAUCAGACGAAUUUAAUAACUUGAAUAUUUUCUCAAAAAUAAUUAAUAAUACACUCAUUUUUGCUAGAUUCACUCCAGAACUGAAGUCUAAAGCAAUUGAACUACUUGAAAGUUUGGGGAUGACUGUACUUAUGGUUGGUGAUGGUCCAAAUGAUGUAAUUGCACUACAGAAAGCAAAUUCAGGUCUUUUACUAACUGAUUCAAUCAAAUUGAAUGGCCUUAUUGCUCCUUUUAUUUCAAAAAUAUUUCCAGAUGGACUACAUUCAGUUUGUAGACUAAUAAUAGAGUCUCGAGGAGUUAUUUUUACAUUAGUGUCUAUGUAUCAGCAUAUAAUAUUGCUUGGAAUAUUCUUUGUUACAUGUAAGACAUUUCUUUUAUGGCAAUCUCAAGCAAUGAUCCCUGCUAUGGCAUGGCUGUUCAUCGAUAUUUUUUGUACUUUAAUUCCACUAUUGUUAAUUUCCUUCUCCAGGCCAAAAGAAUAUCAAAUUGAUAAUUUAAAUACAACUGGGAAUUAUCUUUCUUCUGACAUAUUCACUGAUAAUUCUUUGCCCGAUACUUCUAAUUCAACUUGCAUUAACUUAGAAACUAAAAGUCUUAAUGUUAAUUGUAUAAAUACAAAUUCAGAUAAAUAUAUUCCAUUGAUUGAGAAUGAAAGCUCGUUCGUACCCAAUAAUAAACAGAUAUAUAAUAUAACCAGCUAUAUUGGAAAUCAUGUUUUCUACACCACAAGUUUUUCAUCUUUAAUAAUUUCUUUAUUUGGGUUUAUCGUUGUGUCUAACAGGCUAGUUCAUUUUGUUCUCCCAAAGUAUGGAAUUGAGCAUUGUUUUAAGUACAAUCUAACUAUUCCAGUUCACCUUUGGCAUAUUAGACAAGAUAAUAUAGAAGCUGCUUCAUCUUGGUGUUAUAUUGCCCUUCAAUUAGUUAAUCAAGUUUGGCUGAUUUGGCUUCGUUCAGCUUCUCUUGUCCCGAUGAAAACUAAUAUUCUACUGGUUUUAUGGAAUAUUACUAUGAAUUUAUUUAUUUUCUCUUGCAUCUGGAUGGAGCCAUCUCAAAUUGGUUGCAUUUUGAGAAUAAACUGUGACGAUCAAACUUCAAGGUCGCUUCCAAAUAGCUGGAUAAAUCUUUCUUCUCCAUUUUAUGGGCAAUAUAACAACAACAUUUUCCCCAAAUCUUGGAGAACUGAACUAACUUUUUGGUGUUUUUUCUUCUUUAUACUAAAUCUCGUAGUCACUUUAGUAUUAAAAAACGUAAUUUUUAAAUUCGGAGGCUAUAAGCAAGUCGAAGUUUCUAAUCCUUCCAAAACUACUAGAACCGCAUCCCCCUCUCAACGAAAAUGUUGA